GUGUUGUAUGUGUUAAACACUUUUGCUGUCUUUGCAAGAAUUUGGAUUCAAUGUCGGAUAUAUAAGGCGAUCCUAUUUCCGAUUGGAACAUAAGCUUUUCUUGUUAACUCGUAGAUCAGAAGACCUACAGCUCAAUCGAAGAUGUUUCACUUGGCAACCGUACUGCUUCUUGCUGCUGCUUGCACAGCCGCCCCUUCAGUAUAUCUCGGACACAGAGCCAUAGUAGGACCCGCAGUGAAAGGACAUGCCUAUUCCAGUGAAAUCCACCAUGGAGCUUCCAUUGUUCCCGCAGCUCAUGCCAUCGCACCUGUGGUCCACCACUCUGUUGUUCAUGCUGCACCACUUGCCCACCAGGCUGUAGUUGCACCAGCUUUGCACCAUGGAGGACACUCUGUAUCUUACUCCUCCAAGAUACACCACGCUGCUCCUGCUGCCAUUGUCCAUCAUGCUGCUCCUGCUGCCGUUGUCCAUCACGCUGCUCCUGCUGCUGUUGUCCAUCAUGCAGCUCCAGUUUUGGGACACCACGCUGGAGUAAUUCAUCAUUCAGCUGCUAUCGCUCACCAUGGUGCCCUUCUCCACCACGCUCCAGCUGUUGCCAAAAUCAGCCAUGUAGCUCCAGUACACGCAGCUGUCCUUGCUGCUCCCGCCCACCAUGUCGCUGUGAACUACAAAGGCAGCGCCUUGAUUCAUUAAAAGCAUCAACAACUACCUGUAAAAUCGAAGACAGCUGAAUCGGAAUGUCUACCUCAAUGAUAUGUUUUAAAAGUUCUUAGUUCAUUCAAUGAAAUAAACUUUUAACUUAUAUUUAUAUCUUUGUUUCUGUGUUGAACUUGUAAGUGAAACUGGCGCACAUUUUUACGGAAAAUUCUUAAAUAAUUUCCUGUUAAAUAAUAAUGUCUCUGGCUCACAUAAGAAGCAAAAAUGUAUAACACAGGAAAAAUGUAAGAAUAAAACAUCUUAGAAA